AUGCUUGUAGCGAUGGUCAUUGUUCUUUUCGCCUCUCAGGCUUUAUGCGUCGAGGCCACCCGUGGCCUGAGACUCUCCCGCGAUGAGCCCCCGGUUAUAGACGACUUUGCGUGGAACCUUCUUACGGAGAUUACUGGGGUUGAUGCGGGUGAUCACUUGGAGAAGCCUGGUGAAGGGGGGCCAGAGUCUCUCGCAUGCACUAAGAAGCCCGGCCCCGACAGACUCGAUUGCCCUGCUGCCAUAUCAGCCUGGACCGAGCUGACCGACGACGCCAGAAACAUCGCCAUCGAGGGUGGACGGUGUCGCUCAGCGACCAAGGGCACCUGUCGGGCGACUGCGUGUGCCCCAGGACAAGACAUCAGUGUUGGGCUUGACGAAGUCAUGGGGCGAAUGUGGAAUCCUGUGUCGAUGAGAUGCGUCCUUGGUGGAACGGGAGGAAUCUGGCAGAAUGAGGGGUCGACACUGGUGAUCGAGCUGGGCCGACCAUGA